CAACAAAAACACAAGAAAGAAAAAGAGAGGAGAGAGAGAAAAAAAACUCAUUAAAAAAAAGAGAAUUCAAACACAAAUCCCAGGCGGAGAGAUACAAGGAGCAGCACCACGGCAGACCUUUCAAUUUCAAACAAAGAAAGCCCGAAGAAGAAGAACGGGCGCUCGCUCUCUUUCUCGCUCGAUGUCUUUGAAACCCUAGCCAAAAUUAUUGAUUAAAUGGAUUUUCUAUUGGCCAUUUCGAUUUGAAUAACCACUCUCCGGUGACAUUGAUCGUCCAAGGAAUGGCCAGUAAACCGCCGGCUUAUCAGAAUUCUCCUCUUCAUUCCCUUGUCUUGGCUAGGGCUUCCUGUGCAAUAUUUUAUUCCCAGUAUAGAGAAUCUCCUAAUUAAUUGAUUACUUACUCUUAUUAGUUUCUUUUGAGAGACGAGGAAGGUCAUGGCGCCGGCGCCGAGAGGAUGUUGGGGGGUGGCGGCGGAGAAGGCCAGGAGGUGUGUGCGGACGGUGAUUUUCAUGGUGGCGAUGGUAGCGUCGCUCUUGGUAUCAUCGAUGCCGGUGCUUGUGGCUAUUGGCGACGUGGUGGUUCCUUUCUUUUUGGUGUCGAGCUUCACGUGCCUGACGUGUUUUGGAUUCAAAAGUCAUUUGCGUAAAUACUCUUUUAAGAGCUCCUUCACCGAUAUCCCGCUCGUUUCUCUUAUCAGAUCUUUCCUCAUCAUCUGUGUUUAUUCAAUGUGUGACGCACCGGCACUAUCACAUGGACCUUACCUUGGAACUGUGACACUAUGUUCUGUUGUUUCAAUCGUGCUUCUUUCGAUUAAGACGUGCGUUUUCACCGUCAAUUCUCAAAUUGAGGCUGAAGCUUCAACUUCUUCAAUCUCAAGGCAGAAGCUUCAUCUGAAGAAGUCAUGGGGGAUGCCUGUUUUGUUUCUUUCUUCAGUAGUCUUUGCGCUUGGUCACACCGUGGUUGCUUAUAGAACUAGCUGCAGAGCAAGGAGAAAGCUUAUGUUUCACCGAGCUGACCCCGAAGCUGUGCUUUCAUGUAAAAGUGUCUUCUCGGGCUAUCAGAAGGUUCCACGAUCUCCCACUCCCACAGCAGGAAGAACCCCUAAAAGUGACAGUGAAAUGAAGCGAAAGCCUUUCGGAACAACUCGUGAUGAAGGGGAACUCCCAGUCAGAUUACUUGCUGACAUUGACAGCCUGUUCAUUACGUGCCGGGGACUUACAGUCCACUACAAGCUCUGCUUUCCUGGUGCACCCCCGUGUUAUUUAUACUCAACUGCCGCUCUUGAAUCUAGUUCUAGCUGUAGCUCACCAAAGCUAGCACCGGGAAGGUUAAGACUUGAAAGGCAGCCGUUUAGCGCCGUAGUAAAAACCCAGCAUCAUCUACAUAGGAGUUGUAGCAAUCAAUUUUACAGCUCUUCACUGUAUGCUCCGCUAUUGGAUAGUUCUCCAACUUCUGUUCUAUCUGAAGAAAUUCCUGUUCUCAACCUAGAAGAUGCUGUUCAGGAGGAUGGAAUAUGUGAACCGAAACCUGUGAUUCCUGGUCAAGACAUGGAGGAAAGUAGCCAGUUAGGUAUCGUUCUAGUUCAUGGGUUUGGAGGUGGAGUUUUCUCAUGGAGGCAUGUGAUGGGAGUGUUAUGUCAGCAGGUUGGUUGUAAAGUUGCUGCUUUUGAUAGGCCUGGUUGGGGGUUAACUUCUCGGCUACGCCAUAAGGAUUGGGAGGAUAAAGAACUGCCCAACCCAUACAAGCUUGAAACUCAGGUUGACCUGCUUCUUUCUUUCUGUUCUGAGAUGGGUUUUUCUUCAGUGGUGCUUAUCGGUCAUGAUGAUGGAGGCUUGCUUGCUUUAAAAGCUGUUCAAAGAGUUCAAGCAUCAAUGAAUUCUUUCAAUGUUACAAUUAAAGGGGUGGUAUUGCUAAAUGUUAGCUUGUCUAGAGAAGUGGUUCCUGCCUUUGCUAGGAUACUUCUACGCACUUCUCUUGGGAAAAAACACUUGGUUCGUUCUCUACUGCGAACAGAAAUUAUUCAAGUGGUGAAUAGGCGCGCAUGGUAUGAUGCUACCAAGCUAACGACAGAGGUUUUGAGUCUUUAUAAGGCACAAUUAUGCGUCGAAGGUUGGGAUGAAGCAGUCCAUGAGAUAGGUAAACUUUCGUGUGAGACAGUCCUUUCACCACAAAAUUCUGCAUCGUUGUUGAAGGCUGUAGAAGGCAUGCCAGUGUUAGUCAUUGCAGGUGCUGAAGAUGCCCUCGUUCCACUUAAAUCUUCUCAAGCCAUGGCUUCAAAACUUGUAAAUUCUAGACUGGUCGCUAUAUCUGGAUGCGGCCAUCUUCCACAUGAAGAGUGCCCCAAGGCAUUACUGGCAGCUAUAACACCGUUCAUAAGCAGACUCUUGGUUGAACCAGAUUUGGAAAACCAAUAGAAUACCUUUUUUCUUUUCCACUUAUCCAUAUAGGCUUGUAGGGUUCUCUUCCCUUCUUUCUACACCCUUCUUUCCUAAGCAAUUUACCCAGGAGGGUGUCUAAUGUCUUCCUCUUUUUGGGUAUUUUUGAUUUCUAUUUUAUAAUAGCUCCUCCUUCAUUUCUAAUUUUUUUUAUUUCUGUUUUUAAUCUUCCUCGGCCAGCUCUAAUUAGUUAACUAAAGCUCGUUCGAACAGUUACUGCUGUUUUCUCUUCAAGGGAGUGGGGAAUAGCUCAUAUUUGUACAUGUAUACGAGUGGAAUGCAUGCCUCCGAGAGUGCAUGCUUCAAAAGUAACUUAAUUGGCUGUGCCUGUUUUUCUGAUAA